GUGCGCUCCACCAGUACUGACACACUGCCUGGCCUUCAAGGACAUACUUUGGAUUAUUCCUUCACUUUGAGGGUUAUUAUGGAGCCUGUAUUCACGAGACUAAAGGUGGCCGCGUUGUUCCUGCUAACACUUCGGCUGGAGACAGAUGUGACGGAGGCGAUGCAGGUAACCUCCUCGGGGCCGCAGACUAUUCAAAUGGCCAAGGGGGAGUUAGUGAACCUGGGAUGCACCUACACCCUCGGCUCUGAAGACAUCGGAGAUCUGGACAUCGAGUGGUCCAAAGUCAGCCCAGACAUGACGCUGAAAGACCAACUGCUCUUGUCAUACACAGGGGGCCAGACUCACCGCUACGGAGACCCCAGCAUCUCCAAAAGGCUCAACUUCAUAGCGGACCCCAAACGGGGCGACGCUUCCAUCUCUUUCUCUGAUCUGAGGCUCACAGACACGGCCACCUACCAGUGUAAAGUCAAGAAGUCACCGGGUGUUGACACUCGAAAGGUCACUCUGAAUGUGAUGGUUCCUCCAUCUGUUCCAAAGUGUUGGGUUUCCGGCGGAGAGGAGAAAGGUGGCCCGGUGUCCCUCCGCUGCAAAUCUUCUGAGGGAACCACUCCUCUCAGUUACACGUGGAGGAGAGAGAGCGGAGGUGCAAUACCAUCCACUGCAAUCCAGAACAUAGAGACUGGGGAGCUUUUGAUAAAGAACCAUACAGACGGCAACGUUGGAAGUUACAUGUGUGAGGUGAAAAAUGCCGUGGGCACAGGCCAGUGUAAAUACGCACUGCAUGCAUACAACCCUACCAACAAGGCGGGUGUCAUAGUUGGGGCGGUGAUCGGUGCUCUCCUGCUGCUGAUGCUCCUCCUGUUUCUCAUCUGGCUCCUGAUCUGCUGCUGCCACAAGCGUCGCUAUGAGAAAGAGGUCGAAAACGAAAUAAGGGAGGACGCCCACGCCCCAGAGAGCAGACCCACCAGCAGAGCCUCCAGUUUACGCUCAGUGAUGGCGUACCGCACCCACCCCGGGGUGCAGUACAGCUCCGUGAAGAAACACCCGUCCAACAUCAGUGAGUCGGGCCGCAGUGCCAACGGCACAUCACAGCCAGCUGCAGGGGGAGGCCGUCCUGCCCUCGAUUACGACCAUCGAUACGGAUACCCUGUGUAACUGCAACCCAAACACAAGACAGACAUUACUUUCAGUAUACAACUACGCCUUCUGAAGAAAUGACUUUUUACUUUAACAUAAGUCUAUAAAUUACAAACUGUGCAAUACAAUAUAUUGACACGGAGAAUAAUGGGAGUUUUGGUGUUGGACUACUGGGGACCAGCUUCCCUCAGCACAAAGAUAAAUGCACAGCUGGUGGACUUUCAUAAUGCACUGUAGCACAUCCCUGCUACUUAAUAGGUUCUCAUUGUUACACAGAUUUAGCUAAAACUGUAUGUAAAAUGUACAUAUUCAAAGUAUUUUUAUUGUUUUUUUCUAUGACGCACAUGUAGCCCAAUCAAUUCAGUUGUUUUUAUAUAAAUAUAUGUAGAAUAAAAAUGUUUUAAACUGAG